AUGUCCUCUCCCAGCGCUGAGGAUCUCCCCGGCUACCAUCUGAGCGUGGUGCGGGACCCUGCGGGCUGGGAGGUGGCUCUGUAUCUGGUCGGGUUCCUGGUGCUGUUGGGAGCGGCAGGACUCAACAUCUGGAAGCUCUGGAAGUCUGGGACCUUUCCCGCUCCGUCUCCUUUUCCAAACUUUGACUAUCGCUAUCUGCAGGAGAAGUAUGGAACCUCUUUCUCUGAAGUCCGACAGAAGAGAGUGGCAGCUAACAACCACCGCCGCACCUCCACCACGUCCAGCCGGAAGCCCAGCCUGGCUCUGGGGGACACCCCGGACGGCCUCAGGGACCUGGGGCACCUGGAGCUGAUGGACCCCUCCGGACUCAACCCGCUCAACCGCUCCAUAUCCACAGACUCUCUCAGCUCCAUCUCCUCCAUCGCCAACAACUUCGGACACGACUUCACUGUGGGCCAGCUCGAGGUGACGCUGGAGUACGAGGCGAGCAGGCAGGUGGGGCAGAGUGUGGGCUUCCUGCACAUCCAGCUGCACCAGGGCAAAGACCUGCUGGAGCGGGAGGAGGGGGACUUCCCCGGCUGUUUCAUCCGAGUGUCUCUGGGGCCAGAUGAGCUCAACGUGGGGGUGACACGGGUUCAGACGAAUGCGUUCACAGUGAUUUUCGAUGAGCGUUUCUCGGUGCCUCUGGAGCUGUCCACGCUGGAGGAGUUCAGUCUGCGGUUUGCAGCGUUUGGGAUCGAUGCAGAUGAGAGGAACAUCAGUGCUGGAGUGGCCGAGCUCAAACUGUCCGACCUGGACCUUACCAUACGCCCAUUCAACGCAUGGCUCUACCUGCAGGAUGUCAACAAGGCUGUAGAUGCAGUGGGGGAGAUUCUGCUCUCUCUGAGUUACCUCCCGACAGCAGAGCGCCUCACUGUGGUCGUCGCCAAGUGCAAAAACCUCGUCUGGACCAACAGCAAAAACACAGCAGAUCCGUUUGUCAAAGUGUAUCUGCUUCAGGACGGCAGGAAAAUCAGCAAAAAGAAAACGUCAACGAAGAGAGACGACACUAACCCCAUUUUUAACGAAGCCAUGAUCUUCUCUGUGCCCUCCCUUGUCCUGCAGGAGCUGUCGCUACGGGUGACUGUUGCCGAGGCGACGGAUGAUGGGCGGGGUGAGAACCUGGGUCACGUGAUCAUCGGUCCCGAGGCGGGAGGCAUCGGCAUCACCCACUGGAACCAGAUGUUAGCCACGCUGAGAAAACCUGUGUCCAUGUGGCACCCACUGCGUCGGAUCUAGACACAUGUGACCUGGUGUGGUUUGAGAUAAAUGUGAUUAUAAAUUAUUGGUAUAACACUUUAUCAACUACAUCUUUAUUAGCCUUUAUGGAGCUCACAAGUGACCGCCCACCUGUAGUUUCCUAGGUACUUUUCUUAUUCAUUUUUCCCAUAGACUUUUCACCAAAAAAAGCUUGCUCAGGGCUCAUCACCAAUGGUACAGUGUAAAGUGUCCAUUG